CAGAGUUUGUACAUCUCAUAACCAAGUCAUAACAGAAUGCUGAUUCCAAAAGAGGAGAGAGACAAGAUCUUCAAGUACUUGUUCCAAGAGGGUGUUGCUGUCGCCAAGAAGGACUUCAACCAACCAAAGCACGAGGAGAUUGACACCAGAAACUUGUAUGUCAUCAAGGCUUUGCAAUCCUUGACCUCUAAGGGUUACGUUAAGACUCAGUUCUCCUGGCAAUACUACUACUACACCCUUACCGAUGAGGGUGUUGAGUACUUGCGUGAGUACUUCCACCUCCCAGAGACCAUUGCUCCAAAGACCAGAUUGCAAGAGUCUGCUCCAGAGAGACCAAGAAGAGGUGGUUUCAGAAGAAACUAAGUCAAAUCGGGUUAUGUGUUUGUAAAUUGAAAAUAAAAUUAAAACUAAUUUAACGUUUUGUUGGUUUGAAAUGAUUAGUAGGUAACAUACCCAGAUCAAACAUGUACAAGUGUAUUGUGUAUUC